GUAGAUUAUAACAAGUUAGCAAAAAAUCUCUAUGAACUAGAAGGUAAUGAUAUUUUGGAGGUAAUACGUCUUGUGAAUGCGUAUAGAACAAGCGAAAUGUAUAUUAACGAAGAAACCGAAG